ACAGGCACCUCACAGCUGCGGCCAGGGGAGCCUGAGGGCUAUCGCAUCCCCUUCACCCCCGGUGGCACCGGCUGUGGGGCUGCCAUGCGCAGCCUGGCCAUCGGCCUCAGGUACCCACACACCUGGGAGCUGCCAACGCUGAUCCGGGUGAGCAUCGAGAGCGGGCGCAUGACCCACCACCACCCCACUGGGUACCUCGGGGCGCUGGCAGUGGCCCUCUUUGGGGCACUGGGGGCUCGGGGGGAGCCCCCAGAGCGCUGGGGGGCUGAGCUGCUGCGGGUCCUGCCCCUGGCGCGGGACUACGUGAAGAGCACUGGGGUGGCUGUGGAGGACAAUGCUGCUGCCUGGCCAUUCUUUGGGGAGGCCUGGCAAAGGUACCUGGACUCCCGUGGUCUUCUGGAAGGUCAUGGCCCUCCACAGGUGCCAUCCCUCCCAUCCCCAGCCGAGAGGGACACAGCAUACCUGGGCUGGGCACUGCAGGGGUGGGCAGGGCGCAGUGGCCACGACGCCCCCAUGGUGGCCCUGGAGGCCCUGCUGGCAGCUGGAGGGUGCUGGGAGGACCUGUGUGCCAGGGGGGUGCUCCAUGGUGGGGACAACGAUUCCACAGGGACCAUUGCUGCUGGGUGCUGGGGCCUGCGGGGGGG